AUGAUGCAAAUGCUCGGUUUCCGGGGGGGAGGAUCUUCCUCCUCCAUAGAUAGUAGCCCUACCGGAACAUCGAGUGCUUCGCCUUCCCCUCUCGUUGGCAGUGAGGAGUGCGCCGGACCCGCGAGACCCCUGCGCUUGGUUUAUUGCGAUGAAAAGGGCAAAUUUCAGAUGGACCCGGAGGCAGUCGCUACCCUGCAUCUCGUCAAAGGCCCCAUCGGGGUUGUCUCUGUGUGUGGCAGGGCACGACAGGGCAAGAGCUUCAUUCUCAACCAGGUUCGUCUGGGGUUCCUUCCUCGUUUUCCCGCCAGCGGGAGAAAUGCUUCUUCGUCGUGUUUUUGUACGUCCCUUUGGUCUUUCAUUUAUUAUUUCCGGGGCUUGGUUGCGGUUUCGAUCGACCACAUAUUCUCACCAUAUUUUUUCUCAAUCAGAUAGAUUUUUUUUCUAGUGGGAAGUAGCGUUUUCAUGUUCUUAGAAACGACGGACGCUCUUACUCAUCUUUGUGCUGUUGCGAGCCUUCCAAUGACUUUGAAGGCUACUAUUUUAGUUUCCUCCGGUCUAAAGUAAUCUGAACCCAUCUCCAUGAUUGUUGUAAUGCCGGUAGCAUGAAAGGAGAAGCAUGUGCGACAACUUAGCAAAUAGAACAUUUGCCUUAGUCAUCUUUCAUUCAUCCUCGAAAGCUAGCUUCAUGCAUUGAGAUAUAAUAUGGUUUCUAAUAAAGUUAUGCGAUCACUUCCUCUUCAUGAGUCAUUAGCUCUGUUGAAUAGAGACCUGGGAAGGAGUAACGAGGCGCAUUGAUUACAAAUCAUUAAUUGAAUAAACGGAUGGUCACUUUUUUUAUAUCAAAGGUUUUGGUUGAGAGGUGAAAAAAUCGUGGCAAUAUGUUUUUUCAAUUGAUCGCAUUUUAUAUGAUGUAUGUCUGCACAGCAUAGGAACUUGGUUAUUUGGGGUCUUUCUCAGAGCCUUGCAAAAUUUACAGGAUGGGGUUGACUUGGGGUAGUUGGACAAAUUAAGAUUGUGCUCCAAUGCACUCGAGCUCCCUAGGGUUUCAUUACAAUCUAUGUUUAAUGAGAAGAAGUUUAGUUUUUUCAUGAUUUCUUUCGAACUUUGAGAGUAUUACAGUAAGUUGGCACGAAUUUUGUAUUUUUCUUGUCUCAUGUUUAAGUGAUCCACAUGGUGCCACAAGGUGUGAACAAUUGAGGCAAAUGUUAUAUCUUUCUUUUGCUCUCACCCACAGUUUAGAGGAGUGCUAGCAUGUUAAACGGGUGGGUCGCGAGGAAUAUAUAGGUGAGGUGCUGGAGAUUGAAGCAUUUAUCCAGAGCAGGACACUUUUAUGACACUGCGAAUAUGAGGACUUACUGCACUGAGACGAAUAUAGUUCUCAUUGCAAGGGAACGAAUCAGAUAUUCAUAAACCUGUGGUCUUUUGAUACUGAAAGCCUAGUACCUAAUCAAGAUGAUUGUGCCAUGCAGGAUACCAUAAGAUAUAUUUUUUUUCAACUUCACAAGUUGGGAUGUUCCAUGCCACCUGCUAUCUUUCUGACGUAUUGUAGUUGUCUAGGGUUGGUUGUGUGCAUGGCAAGGAUGUUGUGAAGUCGUAUACUUAGGAUUUAUCUUUGAAAGAAAGCCGGUGAUGGCAUACAAGAGUCAAUUGGGAGGCAAUGAGUAACUUCAUGUGCAUUCUAGGACAUGAUUGAGGAGAAGUUUUGGUUUUACUGGAAGACCUCAACUGGUAAUCUAGUGCGUGCCAUGUUGGCUGUUAAACAUGUGGUUGAGGAAAAUUUAUGGUUCAUGGAACUUUGGGGAAUAUUAUGACAAUUUCAGUGAAGCAAUGAGCUUUUUUUUUCUCUUUUGUAUACGUGGGGGACAUUUGUGCUUUUUUGUUUGUGUAUAGCAUUUUGAGGAUGUCUCAAAUUGGGUUUUGCUGUAGGACACUACAGUUCAUGUAGCUCUGCCUUAUUAAUGAAUUGUGGGACAAACCGAUUUCACGAACGAUCAUGAGAUAGUGGUACAAUGUUCGUGGAAUUAGUGUCUUUACUUUGAUAGUCAUACUUUGGGUUUUAGCUUACAUUCCUUCUUGUGUUGAUUUGUUAUUUAGUUGUGUACAAGUUGGGGUAGUCCAUUAAGUAAUGUGGUCAUUAGUUUAAUUAAUAUAAACAGCUGUUUUUUCAUACUAUUACUUGUCCAUGUGAUUCUCUUGGAUUCUUUUAUCUAAUUAGGACUGAAUGUUGGUGAAUCAUGUAGCUCUUGGGGAGAAGCAGUGGAUUUCAAGUAGCAUCUACCCACCGACCUUGUACUAAGGGCCUCUGGAUGUGGAGUGCACCACUGAAGCGCACAGCUCUUGAUGGAACGGAGUACAGUCUUUUGCUGCUCGACAGUGAAGGGAUUGAUGCCUAUGAUCAGACGGUUUGCUUUUAAACUUUCACUUAUAUUUCUGGUUGAUUACUUGAUGGGAUGAGUCCAUUCUUGUUAAGUUAUUAAUGGUAGGAGGCAUAUGUACGUUAAUUAAUAACUUUCCACGUUAAUGUCUUUUAGUUCACUGUUUUCCCGAGGCAGGUCCUGAUAUAUUUUGGACAAAUUAUUUCCUUUUGAUUAUUUUUCAUAAAGGUAUUGGUGUGAAAAAUGAGUUUAUUGUUGGAGACAAUCUUCAUUUUUUUUUCUGGCGUAGUCUUAGGAAAGUUCUUCAGAAUGGUUUCAUCAUGUACAGUUUAUACAUCUUGUAAGGUAAUUUCCAAUGAAUUUUCCGAACUGAUUCUUGAAUUGUCAAUGGCAACAUGUUGAGUCAAUCUUUGAUACCACCCAUAGAUGUGCAUAAUCUGCAAUUUCGCAGUCGGAUAUUUUAGUCACUUUCGAAUGGGAACAGGAUGUCACUUUAAAAACUUUAUAUUUGAUUAUACCUUUGGGCUUUAGUAUCCGUAGAAUUUAGAUAAAAUUUCCCCUCAAUCUGGAAAGUUGCCUGCUUUUCUAGAAUUUCAGGUUAAGAACCUGACCUGUUGGUUGAUUCUUCUCCAUUAAACAUAGAUUCAAGAUUUCAUAUAUGAUAGUAAUAUAUCAACUGAUUUUUCAGUUACUGUGUCACAUUUCAUUUCCCUCUUUUACCCGUUUCCUCCAACAGAUACAAGAUAUGUUGUGUUAAAAAUUACUUCCGAAAGAGGUGUAAUAUGUGAAAUUUAUGUAGAAGAAGAUAGCAUUUUCUCAAUGUGGCAAUGUAAGGAAUCCUAGGAUUUCUUGGUUGUCAAAAUACAGUGUUGAGUAUAACUGAACGUUACCCUGAUCCUUGUUUGGGAUAUUGUGGGAUUUUAUGUAUUUCACUUUAUCAUCUGAGCAUUUUCUACUCUUUAGUUCAAUAGUAACAUUUAAUAUUUUCAGAACUUCUAUUGCAUCGAACUAAACCACAUGCUCCACCACUUGUGAGGGCCCCCGUCAAUUCCUUUGGAUUCGUCCUCCUAAUCCCAGAACCGAGUAUUAAUGUACUGCUCUCUGUCAAAAGAAUGUGUAUUGUAAAAUGGAGCCUUUUCAAUGUUUUCAUCUCAUGUUCACUUUAUGCCCAUAAUUUCAUUUUGGAACCUCAUGAGCUAAUUGUAAUGGGUAAGAGUGAUUUAUUCGGACAAGUCUAUGGCUGCAAAAAAGCUUGAACUGCAGGGAAAACAUUGCAGUUAAGAAUGAUCAUCUAAUUUAUAAGUACUUGCCAAUACUUGAGUUUGAAGGAUAUUAAUUUUUUUGUUUGUGUUAUUAGAUUUCAAAUGAGAAACGCUGUUAGUACCUUGGGAAGCCUAUCUAGGAUUUGAUUUCCUAGGUGGAAGCCUAUCUAAGCAUUUUGCAUCUGGAUGCAGAUCUGCCCAUGAUCGUGCAUGUCUUGGAUCCAAGGGAACUCCACAUGUCUUGGAUCCAACAUUUAUUGAUAGUGCUGAUCCCUUUUGGACCAAGAGGUUAAUAAGGGACUGAGUUUGAUGCUUUAUCAAUGGCAUCCCAGACAGAUUCUAGAAUAACUAUUGUGCAGGGGGUGUCAACGAUCUGUGAUUAGUAUAACAUUCGUAAAACUACGGAUUUGCUUCGUUUUGCUGAUAUAGUUUUUUGUGCCCUGCGAAAAAUUUAGGAUUAGCUACUAAAAAGAUUGUCUGUUCAAAACUCGUCAACCUCUUGAUUUUCUUGCCUCGAUAAUGCUUUUGAUGAUUCCUUACACAUUUGCUCUGCUUUUCUUUUUACCCAUUACAUUUUCUAAAUUGCGAGUUUUCUCUUUGGGUCAGUACUUUUAUAACUUGCUGACAGAAUUUGUGUUUGGUUUACAGGGGACAUACAGCACCCAGAUAUUCUCUCUUGCUGUUCUGUUGUCAAGCAUGUUUGUUUACAAUCAGGUGGGCAUAGUUCUGCUACGAGUCUGUAACUCGAAUUGUGCUAAUUUAUGCUGGCAUCUUUUAUCUGAAUAAUUUAUUUUUAGUACGAUCACUCUCUAUUGAUUUCUUCUUUCAGAUUCCUCUUUCAUCAUUUUACCAUUUGUCUGUGUCUUUGGUCAUAUUUCACUGAGUUGACUUGUAUUCCCUUUAGAUGGGUGGUAUAGAUGAAGCUGCCCUUGAUCGCCUGUCUCUUGUUACUGAGAUGACGAAGCACAUCCGUGUUAGAGCAUCUAGUGGAAGGUCCACAGCAUCUGAGCUUGGGCAAUUUUCUCCCGUUUUUGUGUGGCUAUUGAGGGUAAUCAUACUUUCUCCUAUUGUGUAGCUAUUUUAGUUUUCCAUGAACCUGACAAUUCUUACAAGCAUUUAGGCAUUUACUUUAAUAUAACCGGGGACUUUUCCUUUGCACUCGUAGGAUUUCUAUUUGGAUUUAGUUGAAGACAACCAAAGACUUACUCCACGUGAUUACUUAGAGUUGGCAUUGAGACCUAUGCACGGUGGAAGGAAAGAUGUCGCUGCAAAGAAUGAGGUAUUAAACUGGAACCAACCAACAUUAUUAUCACAUCUCCAGAUUUAUGUGACAGUGUGUUUUCCACUUUAAUGAUUGUUAUCCAUAUAAUUUAUUUAUUGCAAGUGCUGAUUUUCUUUGUGUUAAAAAUAGAUUCGGGAGUCGAUCCGCGCUCUUUUUCCUGAUAGAGAAUGCUUCACUCUUGUUCGACCUUUGAAUAAUGAAUCUGAUCUCCAACGCCUUCAUCAAAUACCGGUGAGACCUGAACCUAUUGUGCAUACAGAUUUUGGAUCUCAUAUUGUGGAAGAUUUGUUUGUUGUUGAUCUCUCAUCUGAAUUUUAUUAAUCAUUCCCUUUUUAUGCAGUUGGACAAAUUGCGUCCAGAAUUCAGAUCGGGCCUUGAUGCUUUUACCAAGUUUGUGUUUGAGAGGACCCGACCCAAGCAAGUGGGAGCUACUGUGAUGACAGGUCCCGUUCUUGCAGGGAUCACCCAGUCAUUUUUGGAUGCUCUUAAUAAUGGUGCUGUCCCUACUAUAUCUUCCUCGUGGCAGGUUGGUUGUCUACUGUGGUUUUAUGUCUAUAUUUUACAAAUGAGUUCUUGCUACGUGGCAUGAUUAAGAUAGGGAAGAAAAUGUAGUUAGAAACAGUGCCCUUUGAUGGUUGUAUAGACUAUAUAUCAUGUCAAAAUUUCCUGUGGUUUAUUUUCUCUUUAAUUCAUGCUCUUUAUACUAUUUAUAGUAGAAAUAAGAUAAGAUUGCCUUUUCGUUGUCCAUUACUUAGAUGAGAAUCUAUUAAUGAAGCAGAUCACAUUCUGGUUAAUCGUUUUUCCUGUGAUUUUAAGACUGAGGAUGAAUCGUUGAACAUCAUAGGUUUGGGGGGAGAGAGAUCUAUCAGUUCGUAUGGAGACCUGAAAAGUUUGAAGAUCCAACUUUUGUCUUUAGGCGAAAGUUAUAGCGACUUGAAACAAAACAUUACCCAUCCCAAUUGAGAAUUGUGUACCAGGGAUCAAAAUCUUGUUGUCUAACAAAUUUCCGCUAGUCAGAUUGAAUCACACCAAAUUGGCCAAUCAUAUUGUGGAAAACGUGAAGCUAUGCAAGCUGUACAUAUUUUUCCUGUAGAUGCAGCAUCUCCGCAUUUUGUUUUCACCCAUUGUCUGAAUAUUUUUCUGGGGAAUUAUUUAAUUCUCUGGAUACUUCCUCAGCUAUGGCAAUUACUGGGGAAAAUUAUGUUUAGCAAGAUUGCCGAUCGCUGACUGUGAUAAAAGUUAAAAGUGUUUAUUAUUGAGUUGACGGCUAAUCAUCUAUUGCCCUUACUUCCUUGAAUGUUGUAUUAACUAGGGGAUAACUACGGGAAUAUAUGAUAUAGUAUUUCUAAUGCAUGCAGCUCUCUGAUUAAAUAAUUCUUGUUUUGUAGCUUGAACUGAUAUUAGUCAUUAAUUUUAUAGAGACUGGAUAAAAGGUCAAUGUGUGGAUUUUGGUAAUAUUGCAUUAUUAAGGAAACUUAGUUAGAAUUAUGAAUAAAUUUGGGCUUUUCUUUUGUUUCAACAUUGUGCUGUGAUCUUUAAUUUUGCAGAGUGUUGAAGAAGCAGAAUGUCGUAGAGCAUAUGAACUAGCCACCGAUGUCUACAUGUCCUCUUUUGAUCGUACUAAACCACCAGAGGAGGUUAAUUCCUAUACGUUAUUUGAUUUUAGUGGAUCUAGAAAACUUCUUUAUGCUGACCUUUACUUUAAUUUUAGGGUGUGCUAAGAGAAUCACAUGAUGAAGCCUUUCAGAAGGCACUGGCUGCAUUUAAUGCUAAUGCUGUUGGGUCUGGCACAGUACGUCAGAAAUUUGAAAAGCUUUUUCAUAAUUUCUCGAGGAAGGCAUUCGAGGUGAGGUUUUCUUUCUAGUUUCUCCUUUCUCAAAAGUUAUGCGUGCAGAGUUUGAAGGCAUUGGAAGUGAGGUCUUAUUUUGUAUAAAACGUAUAUAUGCUCUUAUAACCGUGCAUAUCAUAUCUUAAUGCAAGUGUGACUUUUCAUGAUCAAUUCCCCAAAAAAAAAAAGAAAAAAAAAGAGGGCUUUUGAGUAUUAGAAUGCUAGAAUCUGGAUGUACACAUUAGUAUUGAGAAAAAUGUCAUUUAAACACUGUUAAUCUGGAUGUGUAUUUUCCAAUAUAUUCUGAUGAUGGGAAGGUUUAUCCAUUGAAGAGACUGUGAAGACAGGUGACACUGAUGUGGUUGUUAAAUUCUUGAAAUGCUUCAUGCAGAUUGACCCAGGAUUCUUAUCUUCUACCCUGGGGGAUCAUAAUUUUUUUGUGAUUCCUUUACGUAGAAAUUCUUAACAUCGUGGAGAAAAUGUUUAAGUAAUUUAAGCCCGGGGAUUGAUUGUACUGGGGAAAUCAUGCAGGAUUACAAGAGGAAUAGCUUUCUGGAAGCCGAUUUGCGAUCUACACAAACAAUCCAGAACAUGGAAAAGAAAUUGCGAGCCGCCUGUCACAUUCCUGAUGCCAAAAUUGAUGAUGUCAUCCAGGUAAGACAAUCCUGUUCUUGUGUCGGACCCAUUUAUUUUCUAGGCUGAUUUUUCUUAACAAUACCUUCCGGAUGUCAUUUAAUUGGACUAUUGUUCCUGGACAUCUUCAAUGGCUUCUAAUUCUCUCUUUUUGUAUGCAUUCUUUAAUGCAUGUGGUAAUCUGACAUAUAUAGACAGUGGUUUGUUCCAAUAAUUUUACAUUCACUUCGGGUGAACUACGAGUUUCAAGUAAUAUCUUUCUUAGGAAGUAAAAUUUUGUAGAGCUUCGACCUGGUAUGGUUGAAUUUCGGUCUAAUACUUGAGAGAAAAGGUUAUUGGUGAAGAGGGCAAUGGAAAUUUCUAUUUGUCCAUUUGAAUUGGUAUAAUAUACUUUAAAGUUUUGUUGUUAUGAUUUAAUUCAUGUUCUACUUUGCUCUGACUUUUAUGAAGGCGUAUGCUUACACUAUUGAGUGUCGUGAUAAAUACUUUGGGGCUAACAUUGUGCUCUCGAAUAUUAUUUGCAGCUUUUGGAGAGCCUUUGCUCAGAGUAUGAGACGGCAUCUCAUGGUCCAGGGAAAUGGCAAAAGCUGGCGAGUUUCUUGCAGCAAUGGUUUGGAACUUCUCCUGCCUAGUUUCCUCUUCUUUUAGCAUGUUCUUAAGCUAGUUCUUGAUAUUUUCCUCUUCUUUACUCGCACAGUUUGAAUGGAUCGAUCCUGGAUCUUUUCAAGAAGCAAAUGGCUCGGAUUGAAUCAGAGAAGAGCGGUCUUGUGUUGAAGCUCCGUUCGAAUGAAGACAAGCUAGCGCUGCUCAGGAAGCAGCUAGAUUCAAAUGAGAAGCACAGGGCUGAGUAUAUGAAACGCUAUGAGGAGGCAAUCAGUGACAAGCGCAAGGUUUCGGAGGACUAUUCAAAUUAUAUAACAAACUUGCAGAGCAAGUGCAGCUCACUGGAGGAGAGAUGCUUGAGCCUUUCAAAGGCCCUGGAUUCGCUGAGGAAUGAAUCGUCCGAUUGGAAAAUAAAGUACGAGCGUAUAUUGUCAGACCAGAAGGCCGAGGAGGAUAAGUACAAGGCUGAAAUUGCUGCGCUCAAGUCCAGAGUCAGCGCUGCUGAUGGUAGGCUGGCUGCUUCUCGAGAGCAAGCGCAGUCUGCUCAUGAAGAAGCACUAGAAUGGAAGAGAAAGUACGAUACUGCUGUUGGAGAGGCAAAAGCGUCUCUGGAGAGGGCUGCAUUGUCACAGGAACGCUCUAAUAAGAAAACACAGGAAAGGGAGGACGCGCUGAGGGCUGAAUUUUUGGCUCAGUUGGGAGAGAAGGUAACAAUUUUUUUGGUUUUUUCUGAUGGGGUUCGUUCUAGUUUGUGAUCUAAAGAAAAUAAAAAUAAAAAUGAUUCACCUUUUUUUGUUCAUAUCGUCCUGUGGUCCUGAAAAUUGUCUUCUAUGAUGAUCGAUAGGAAGAGGAAAUCAAGCACAUGAAGUCAAAGAUUGGUCACGUCGAAAGCCAUUCUUCCGGUCUCAUCUCUCAGUUGAAGGUAUGGUCUAGAUCUUCACCGGUCUUUGCAUUAUGAUUGUACUUGUUACUUGUUUGAAGUACAAUGGUGGUGCUGUCGUUGCAGGUUGCAGAGACAUUGCUGAAGAACUACGAGAUGGAGACUCUGAAACUGAAGGAUGAGAUGAAGUCCAUUGGUGAGAAGCUGGAUUCUGUCAACACAACAGCUCAGUCGUAUGAGAGGGAAGCAAGAAUCCUGGAACAGGAAAAGAAUCAUCUAGAGGAGAAAUACCUGUCCGAGUUCAAGAAAUUCGAGGAAGCCGAGCUGAGAUGCAAGGGAGCCGAAAGGGAAGCCAAGAGAGCAACUGAAUUAGCUGAUAAUGCGCGGGCUGAUGCUGUUGCCGCUCAGAGGGAGAAGAACGACUUUCAGCAGUUGGCCAUGGAGAGGUUGGCUCUGAUUGAGCGAGCCGAAAGGCAGAUUGAAGGUUUAGAGAGAGGUAGAGCAAAACUGGAGGAUGAACUCGCGAUGGUGAGAGCCUCUGAAAUGGAUGCCAUAUCCAAGGUCGCCCUGCUAGAGGAGAGAGUGGAUGAGAGGGAGCGCGAAAUCGAGCAGAUGUUGAGCCAGAACAACGAGCAACGUUCGAACACGGUCCAGGUACUCGAGAGCCUUUUGGCCACCGAGCGAGCUGCUCGAAUGGAAGCUAACAGCCGAGCAGAGGCUCUGUCCUUGCAGCUUCAGACGACCCAGGGCAAAUUGGACGUUCUCCAGCAAGAAUUGACGUCUGUCCGCCUGAACGAAAGUGCCCUAGAUGGCAAACUUCGAACCGCUUCCCAUGGGAAGCGCUCUAGGAUAGAUGAAUGCACUGGUGUGGAAUCUGUGCGAGAUAUGGAUGUCGAUGAAGAGAUCGUCAAGGGUAGAAAAAGAUCAAGGAACACUGCAAGUCCCACGAGGAAUCUACAUUUAGAAGACGGUGGCUCCAGUUUUAGAGGGGAAGAUAUCAGGAACGGUGUUGGGGACCAGGUGAAGGAAUCUGAAGAUCACACCAAGUUCACCGUGCUUAAAUUGAAGCAAGAGCUCACCAAGCAUGGGUUCGGUGCCGAGCUGCUGCAGCUUAAGAACCCUAACAAGAAAGACAUUGCCUCUCUCUACGAGAAACUUGUUCUCAAGAAGUAG